CCCUCCAAGAUUACUCUGUUAAAUAACCUUUGAGGCCGUGGACUGUAUCAUUCUCAAACUUUCACCGGCUUUACGCAUCGAUCUCUCGGGUUCGUUUGUGGAAUUGAAAAUGUCUCAGGCAGCUGUGGAGGUUCCACCUAAGGGUGGAUUCAGCUUCGAUUUGUGUAGACGCAAUGAUAUGCUUUCUAAGAAAGGCGUUCCGCUACCGUCUUUUCGCAAGACCGGAACAACUAUAGUCGGUCUAAUUUUUCAGGAUGGUGUUAUUCUAGGGGCAGACACAAGAGCCACCGAAGGGCCAAUAGUUUGUGAUAAGAACUGUGAGAAAAUUCAUUACAUGGCACCUAAUAUUUAUUGCUGUGGAGCAGGAACUGCUGCUGAUACAGAGGCUGUAACAGAGAUGGUCAAUUCACAACUGCAGCUGCAUCGCUAUCACACUGGUGGUCGAGAAUCAAGGGUUGUCACAGCUCUUACACUUUUGAAAUCUCACCUUUUCAACUACCAAGGUCACGUUCAAGCUGCUUUGGUGCUUGGUGGAGUUGAUGUUACUGGUCCACAUUUGCACACUAUCUACCCUCAUGGAUCAACAGACAGUUUGCCAUUUGCCACAAUGGGUUCUGGUUCCCUUGCUGCAAUGGCUGUUUUUGAAUCGAAGUACCAUGAAGGGCUGACAAGGGAAGAAGGAAUAAAUUUGGUGUGUGAGGCAAUUUGCUCUGGUAUUUUCAAUGACUUGGGAAGUGGAAGCAAUGUAGAUAUUUGUGUAAUAACUAAGGGGCACAAGGAGUACUUGAGAAACCACCACAUGCCAAAUCCUCGAACCUAUUUCCAUUCCCAAGGAUUUUCAUUUCCCAAGAAGAUAGAGGUUCUAUUCACAAAGGUUACGCCAUUGAAAGAAAUGGUGGGAGUGAUUGAAGGAGGAGAUGCAAUGGAAGAAUGAGAUCUCCGGUUCAACUUCAUGUUACAACUUGAAUGGAUUUCUUUUACACUCAUUGCUUUAAAUCUCGUCAUGUAAUUUAAGCCAGGUGAUUUGGAUGAACUUUCUGUGGGCCUAAUAGUCAAUUUCAAACUAUUGUUCUAUUAUCUUUGGCUUACUUAAGCUGGAAAUCAAUCAACCUGAGAGUCCUGAUCUUGUGGACAUGCUUUAAAUUAUUAAAAAUUAUAGUUAAGAUUGUAAGGUGAGUAUUUGGAGAUGAAAUAGUCAAUUCUUUUUCCC